AUGGCUGUUGACUGCGGACUUUAUCCCUUUGCUUCGACCCCCACAGAACGCACUCUAUGGGACGUCGGUAGAGGCGUAAGCGAUGGCCUUGGAAGGACUAUGGGCACAGGCGACAUCCUCGGGAUCGACCCCGAGAAGCUGUUUGAAUGCAAGGACGAGCCGUUAGGCACAGGGGGCUUUUAUACUAUCCAUGCUAGUAACGAACGUCCAAAGUUCACUAUGAGAAAGAUCCAGCUUGAUGGUCUGGACCAGCAUCGUGUGGAUGCCAUUAAGCGUAGGCUGGCUGCUCUUCUAAGCGCCUCUCACCCGGGCGUUCUCAAAUACCACCAGGUACUUACAGACGGCAACACGAUCCUUGUUGUCACAGACCGCUGCUGCGGAGACCUCCGGCAGUUCAUCACCGACCACAGAGACAUUCACGAGUCUGUCCCCAACGAGCUGGUCCUCUCCCUUCUGGGGCAGCUGGCUGGCGCCCUUGCCUAUCUCCACGGCCUCGGCGGAGACGUGGAUGACGACCUGCUUCCCCGCGCUAUUCUCGAGCCCGACAACAUCAUGUUCGCUGGGGACGGGCGGCGUGUUGUUCUUGCAGACUUCGGGUUCUGCGAGGGCAUAUCGAGCGGAGCUGCGAAGGCUGGCGACCCCGCGUACAUGGCCCCCGAGACACUCCUCCGCGGUGAUGUGACCCCCGCGUCCGCCGUUUGGAGCCUCGGGGCCGUCGCAUACGAGCUCGCCACCCUGAGGAAGCCAGACUUCCUGAGGGGCAAGGAGCCAGCAGAGGUCUUCGUCACCGAGUGGAGGCCGGACCUGAGCGGUAUCGCAGACGACCUCGCAAGGAGCGUCCUUGAGAAGAUGCUCGUCCUCGAUCCCGCCGAGAGGCCGACUGCCAAGGGGCUCGCUCAUCUGAUUCGGAGGCUUGGCAUCUCUGUUGAUGAACAGAAAGCCCAAGACACAAGACUGAAGGAGAUGCGUGAAGCCUUUACAGCUGCCCUGGAUAGAGCCAACGACGAGACGAUAGCUCUCGAAAAGGAUCCCACUAAUAGCGCCGCAAAAUUGGACUCUAUUAGGAGACACUAUGCUGUUGCUGCCAAGCUAUUCGAAGAGAUGCAGGAGAUUAAAACAGAGACGGAUGAGACAGACGAGACAGACGAAAUGGAGGAGUCAGAGGAGUCAGAAGAACCAGAGAAGCACCUAAUAGAGGAGGACGACUCCACCGACCUCAUGAGGGCUGUCGACAGAAACGACGUGGAGGCCGUGAAGGCUCUCAUACCGCUCCAGGGGGGCACGAAGAUGAAGGGAUGCGCACUUGUAGGUGACUGGAAGAUAUACGAGGGAACUGCUCUGAUAAGGGCGGCGGUAUAUGGAUACACAGAGAUCGUGGAGCUGCUCGCGGAGAAAGAGAAGGGACUGAAAGAUAGCAACGGAUGGACCGCCCUCAUGUAUACUGCAAGGACUGGCCACGCAGACUGUCUUAAGCUCCUGCUAGAGAAGGAAAGCGGCAUGAAGAGCGACAAGGGGCGGACGGCUCUCAUGUCUGCAGCAAGUGCUGGCCAUUUAGAGUGUAUCAAAUUGCUUUUGAAGAACGAGGUUGGCAUGCAGGAUAACGAUGGGGAAACCGCCCUUAUGGCUGCAGCAGGGAACGGCCAUAGAGAUUGCGUCGAGUUGCUCCUGGAACGGGAAGGCGGUAUACAGGAUAACAGCAAAUGGACUGCUCUUAUGAUUGCUGCAGAACAGGGUUAUACAGACUGUGCUAAGCUACUCUUGGAAAGGGAGAGUUGUGUGCAAUCGAGGGAUGGAUGGACAGCCCUCAUGUGGGCUGCAAAGAAUGGUCAUGCAGGUUGUGUCAGAUUACUUGUGGAAAAAGAGGGUGGCAUGCAAAACAAUCACGGAUGGCCCGCUCUCACAGUCGCUGCGCAGAGCGGCUACAUAGAGUGUGCGAGGCUCCUUGUGAGGGAGAAGAAUAUUAGAGAUAAUAUGGACGAAACUGCCCUUGACAUGGCCAAGCUAUGGAGGCGCCAUGAGAUAAUUGCCCUCCUCUCAGAGUAA